UAAUGGGCUUAUGUGGCUAUCUCAUAGUAUGUUUAUUAAUGUAAUUUGGAAUUUAGCAAUUGACUUAUCUAACUGCUUCAAGAUUACCUUUUAAGAGAUAAAUUCGUCAAACAUUAUGAGUAAAUAUAAGGUCACUGACAAGUACACAGUCGUAGGGGAGAGUGGAGAACCGAAACUCACAAAAAAAUAUCGUAGAAAAUCUUCAACGGGAAGAGGCGACCUGCAUCCCAAGAGUCGGAGUUUAAGUUUAGGAUCUUUAAAUGCUCCACAGCUAACAGUUGUGGAGAUUACGGAGCCACUUCGAUCCCCAAAAUUACCGCUAGGCAAGCGAUCAAGCAUGGAAAUAGAUUACUUGCAGUUUCAUCAUCUCGCAGCGAAGGGCAAUCCGCUUGUGUAUGAUAAUAUGUAUGGAUAUAAGGACCAGUAUGACAGUGUCGGAAAGCAUACAGAGAAAGGCAUAGAGUUCCUAGAGAAAUUUGGCAAUUUUCUGAAAAAACGCUGUGAUAUAGAAACAAGUUAUGCCAGUGAACUCAAGCGCUUGGUGAAAAAUUUUCAACCAAAGAGGAAAGAGGAAGAUGAGUAUCAAUUUACGUGGGCACGAGCGUUCCUUGAUAUGCUCAAGGAAGUGCACGACAUGGCGGGACAGCAUGAAGUAAUAGCAGAAAAUACACAGGGGCAGCUUAUCGGAGAAUUACAGAAAUGUGUGGGCGAGCUAAAAACAGAUAGAAGAAAAUUUCUUCAAGAAGGGUCGCGGGUACAGAACCAAAUGAAAGAUUCAUUAAAAUUAUUAGAAAAUUCAAAGAAAAAUUAUGAAAGAAAAUAUAAUGAAGCUGACAAAGCCUUAGAUGCAUAUAGAAAAGCAGAUGCUGAUAUUAACCUCUCCAGAGCAGAGGUAGAAAAGACUAGACAUUUAUCAAAUAAACGUUCAUCAGAAGCAGAAGACAGUAAAAACGAGUAUGCCUCACAACUACAGACAACCAACAACUUUCAAAGAGAGUAUUAUAACACAAAUAUGCCACAAGUUUUCCAGCAACUACAAGACCUAGAUGAGCGGCGAAUAAAUAAAAUAAAGUCUGUGAUAGAAACGAGUGCCAGCAUAGAAUCAAGUGUUCUUCCUAUUAUCAAAACUUGUAUAGACGGCAUGAAUAAAGCAUCGGAAUCUAUAAAUGUACAAGAGGAUUGUAAAUUAGUGAUAGAUAAACACAGAACUGGUUUUCCAAUUCCGGGAGAUAUUCCGUUUGAGGAUUUAUCGACUGGGGGUCAAAUGAAUAAUCAUAAUGUGAUAAAAACUAACAAUACCCCUAUUAAUACAACUAAAGGUGGAACAGUGGGGGGGAAAGGCAAGAAACGCGGAGGGUUAUUCGGUCUGUUUAAAAAUACAAAUACUGAUGAACAGAGAGAAGAUUUUGGAAAUAUACCACCAGCACAAAGAAAAGCCAAGUUAUGUAAAAGAAUAGAUGAAAUACGAAAACAAAUAGCGCAUGAAACUGCGGAAAGAGAAGGGAUGAUCAAAAUGAAGGAAGUAUACACAAACAAUACAGCGUUAGGAGAUCCAAACUCAAUAGAUAAAAAAUUAGAUCAAAAUGCAGAAAAGCUCAAUCAUUUACAAGGUGAACUUAAGAAAAACCAAGAUUUCCUCCACGACGCGGAGAGUGAAAUGAGUAUGAGGCGGCAUGGCUCCGACGACUCGAUGACUCACAGCAUCACGUCGGAGGGUAGUAAUAAUAUACAAGGGUCGGCGCCCGGCACACCUGUACAACAACACAUACCACCUGAAGAACUUUACGAUCGAAGAUCUAGUAGAAAUAGUAGAUAUCGACCGGUAGAAGAACCGUCACUUGAUCCGGAGCCUGACACAUUCUUAAACGACAAUGAGAACGAUGACGAGUUCUCAUAUCCAGUAAUUGGAAGUUGCCGAGCACUUUAUCCGUUUGAUGCAAUCAAUGAAGGAUCUGUGAGCAUGCAGGAGAAUGAAGAAAUGUGGGUGCUAGAGCAAGACCAGGGUGAUGGCUGGACUCGUGUUCGCAAAAAUGACAACUCAGAGGGAUUCGUACCCACGUCAUACGUGCAGUGUCACUACUAUGACCAGGACGCUGUCUAGCGGUCCCGCUAGAGGGUAGCAUGUAGAAAUAGAGCGGGGCGUUACUGAGAUACAGACCAGUUUAUCAAAAAGGAAUGUGGAAUAUUUCACACACAUAGAAGUUGUGUAGAUUCUCAAACUUUACAGAUGUAUUAUCUUUGUACAGCAUGGUAUACUCAAAACAAACAUAACAUUUUGAUGAAAAAGUUCCCCUUUACGUUAAGAUGUAUGGGAAUAACCUUCUUUGAUACUAAAUGUUAAAAGGAAUAGACAGGAAUUGAAUGAGAAAGCAUUACCGGCAUGGUGAAGUGCCGUUUGCUACAAGAGAUUGGGAAAGCAGGGAGAGAUUUUUUCACCAAAUUUGAGUCAGUCUAAGAACGCUCAGUACGGGCCAAAACUUUUGUUUAUGUUUAACCAAAUUUCUUUUUUGUUGAUGACUGUACAGGAUUGUGUUGAGCUAAACCGUUAUGUAUAUAAUUAUGUUCUGUAACAGACUAUAGAGUGUACCUCGUUACGUAAACGGGAUAUUUAUCCAGAUAUAUAUUAUACUGGGUACUGAAAACCACGAAAAUACCGUUAUAAAAAUGAAACCAACAAAUCUGCCUCUUCCUUAAUUUGCCAUUUUAAGGAUGCAGCAAACUAGACGAUCUUUUUUUGUUCCUUGUCAAAAGAUAAUUCUCAGAGAUUUUGAUUUGACUGUGCAACUUCGUGUUUUGUUUUGUUUCUUAUCAAUUUCAGUGUCUUAUUUAUGCAAAUUGAGUUGAGUUUUUUUUUUAAUGUGUAAAAUGUGUUUUAAACAAAUUUUUUGGAUUCAGUGUAAAACAAUUUAAAAUGAAUACAGGAUAUAGUUACAGUUGUUUUGUACAAAAUAUGCAAUUCGAUUUGUCAGACACAAGUUGAAUAUGUUACAGAUUCAUAGUCUGUCGUUAAUACAUGCAGACUGUUUUUAAUUGUCUGGUAUUUGGUAGAAAUUGACAAAACAGACUGUGAAUCAAUAAAUAGAUGGGCUGUGUUCAUUUAUUACUGGUCUGUGUUGCUGAAAUUUCCAAAAUUUGGACUGUAUUUAAAAAUAAUAUGAAUAACCAGUCUAUUUCCUGUUUGCAUACACAGUCUAUGAAAUGUUUCGAUGUAUGGUGCUGAAUAAAUUUGCAAUGUGCUUCAGAAGGAAAUACUGCUGUUAAUGCCACAUUUGUUGUAGGACUUGGGUACAUGUAUUAGCAUGUUUUGCUGUUAAGAAAUUAUUAUUUACUACAAUAAUAUUGCAUAAUUGAUUAUCAGUAAAAUUUUUAAAAUGAAAAAAAAUUUUUUUUAAUAAAAAACAAACCAAAACAGACUAUAAUAGUUUCAUUAUUUGUUAUUGAAAAGCAAUGCCAGUAAUUAAUUUCCUGACUUUUUUUCCAAUUAUGUAAUUGAUGAUAUUUGAUAUAAUUUGUGAAAAAAAUUAGAAAAGAAUAUUAUCAUAUUUUAACAUUUUUUGGGGGGAUUGAAAUAUCAAUAGCAUCGUACACAUCUGCAGUUCUGAAUUAUAUCCCUUUAUUUAAAGAAAAAGAUAGAGAAAAUACAAUAAAUUAGUCGGAGAUUCACUAUGUCAUUUAUGGUAUUAUCAUUUGGGUCAUUAAGAGUAAGUUUUAAUAAGUUUUGAUUUCCUGUUAAAAGUGUUUUUGUUUUUUUAACUCUCGAAACGUCUUACCCCAGGGUAUCUUAUGAUUUGCCAUAUUUAAAGCAUUUGGCUAUAAGGAUUGCUAUUAUUUGUUCAUUUUCACCUUCCAGAAUCAAAAUUUAAGUUUAGAAAUGAUAUUGCUCUUUUUUAUAUUGCUGUAUGAAGCUGUUUGAUUUCGAUCAUUUAUUACUCAUGCCACAUAAUACCAUUUGUUGAUGCAUUACCUGAAAUUGUUCAGGUAAUCAUACAUGUGUUAUUAAAAAGUAAUUAUAUCUCCAUUGAUGAUGAUGAUCCUUUGCAUUUGAAUUUAUGACAAAUAUUGCCUUACUAAUGUAGAUAACACUUUUUUAUUUAAAAAAAAAAUGAAAUAUUUAAGUGAAAAUUAAAAGAAUAUUUUUUUUUGCAAAUGGUGUAUCUCUAAAAAAAGGGAGGUUAAAAAUCUAUAUUUACUUCCCUUUGAUACAUUGCAAAUGGUGAGUCACUAGGAAAGGGGGGGGGGUAAUCAAUGUGUAGAUAGGUUAAUUAGUAUAAGCAAUGCUGAUAAUUAAAACCAUUAUUGUAGAUUAUGUUUUAAAAUCCUCUGUUAUAUGUACUGUGCAAUACAUGUAGAAUGUUUUUUUUGUUUUUAAAAGAUUUUUUUCUUCAUGUUUUGUUGUAAAAAUAUAGGUCAGGGCAUCUAAUCUGUAAAGGUACAGACUGAUUUUUCUUUUUUGUUUUAGAAAAAGGUUUCUUUUUGUAUCAGGUCAGCCUACAAUUAUCAUGUGUGAAUAAAAUUUGUAAAUUUUCUGUUUAUUAUGUACCCUGAAGAAGGCUGUUUGGCCAAAACGUUGGUAUAUUAAAGGGAAUUAUAGAAUAUGCAGUUUUUGCUUUUUAUACUUUCUGUUUAUUUGUACAAGUACACUAUAUGUAUUUGUAUGUGCUAAUUAAAGAAGUAUAGAACAAAUGUACAUUGUUUAAUUGAAAUUUAUAUUUUCUGAAUGAAUAAAGGUUUAUAUUUAUUUUAGCAUAAACUAAAUUCUUACACAGAAGAAUGGCUAAAUGUGUCUUUAAUGUUCAGUCAUUUACAAUUAAAAAGUAAUUAUAAUUGAAAUGUGGUCUCAGAUUCAAUAAAUUUACUGUAUAGAUGACGGCCGUCAGUUACAGGUUCUUCUGUAUGUGGUUUUAAGGUGGCCGUUUGUAAAGGUUUGAUAAUAUAAUAAGGACAUAUAAUAAUUAGUGAUUAGUUAAUUGGAUAUAAAAUUUUUAAGUCAUGCAUACACAUUUUAAUAAGCAAGUUACAUAAUACUUUUCAUUUUUUAGUUUAUUUCAAAAAAAACUAUAUAUAUAUUAUUUUUUUUUUUUUUUACUUUGUAGUCAUCACUUAAUAAGUUCAUUAUUAAAUCUAUAUAGUUUGUAUUUUUUGCAUUAUUUUGUAAUAUGUAUAGUAUGAAAUCCAAAGAAAACAUAAACCCUCCCUUUCUUUCUUGUUUACCAAUGGUCUAGUCUCACUAAUGGGCUAGCCUCCCCAAUGGUCUAGACUCAUCAAUAGUCAAGCCUUACCAAUGGUUUUGACUCAAUAAAAGUCUAGCCUUACCAAUGGUUUAAUCUAAUAAACAGUCUAACCUUACCAAUGGAUUAGCCUCACUAAUAAUCUAGCCUUACCAAUGGUCUAGACUCCUGAAUAGUCAAGCCUUACCAAUGGUUUAGACUCACUAAUAAGAUAGCCUUACCAAUGGUCAAGCCUCACCCAUGGUGUAGAGGACCAAUAUUGGUGUUGAAUUUUGUUUAUAGUCUAGGGGUGAGCAUAGAAUUGAUUAAUUUCUGCAUGAUUACAUACAUGUAGUUUAUUAUAACAACAGAUAAAAAAAUGUGAUGAAGGAAAUGUUGCCUUUAAUUCUGAAAACAAAUAUGCUUAGGAUAAAUGGAUUUAAAUGACAUUUUCCUAAAGGUGACCUUGUAGAAAUUUUUAUUACUUGAUGGCAAUUGAUUUUGUUUAUAUUUUUCUCUGUUCUUGAAAUGGUCUUGUAUAGUAUACAAAAUUGAGUAGAACUUUUUUGUAUGUGUCUACAAAAAAGGUUAUUAUUAUAUGUUCAAAAUUGUAUAAAGUUUUGUCUGUACAUUAGAUUGGUGCAAUUCAAUGUUAGUAUUUGAAAGUAAUGUUUCUUAAAUUGUGUAACUUGUCAACUUUUGUACAAAGAAAAUGCGUCCUUUUUAACAAAACCGUUUUUGUAUAUAUUUUGUAUGUAAUGUUUUUGAUAAUUGAGCUGUGUCACGACAAAACCAACAUGGUGCGUUUGCGACCAGCAUGGAUCCAGACCAGCCUGCGCAUCCGCGCAGUCUGAUCAGGAUCCGUGCUGUUCGCUAACCAACUCUAUUACAAGUAGAGGAACUGAUAGCGAACAGCAUGGAUCCUGAUCAGACUGCGCGGAUGCACAGGCUGGUCUGGAUCCAUGCUGGACGCAAACCCAUUAUGUUGGUUUUGUCGUGACGCGGCUCAAUUAUGUUUUGAAAACCGAUUCUGAUAAUAAGCCAAUGAAUGAUUGAUAAUCCAUUUAUUGGGAGGAAAAGAUAUUAUGUAAAAGAAAAAAAAUUAAAUUUUGAAUUAAAAGAAGGAAAAUGUUUAAACAGAAAAAAAAAAAAUGAUUUUAAAGAAUUUUUUUUCUUGAAAUUUAUUUAUUCUAUUGAUUGUGUUGGAAACUAAGACUGAUUAUUUAGUCAUUGUGCAAAACAACAACAACAACACAUUUAGCAACACAUUAAGCUACUUAAUGCAAUUUGUUCCAUGAAAAGAGUUUUCCUAUAAAGUUUUUUUUUUUCUGUACAAUUCCGACUUCUUUAACAUUUUUUUUUAUUAUUUAAUUUUCAAUAAGUUCUUUCUUUAUAAAUUGGCCUAAGAAUUCUUCUACUGCUUGGUAAUGAAAUAUAUGCUGAGUCAUACAUGUGAACUUUUUUUGAUGAUCAAGUGGGAGGUUUUUCUUCAAAAAGAGGGAGAUUUAAGAAUUUGCAAUAAAUAAAGAAGGAAGUUCUGACAUUAAAAAUAGGUAGAUUUGUUAAAUUUGUGAAAAUACCCCUUAUUUCAAAAAAAAAAUCUUUGAAAAUAUGACUGCAGAAAUAGGGAGUCUCCCGCUAAAAGUGGGAGAGUUCACAUGUAUGCUGAGUUUAGAAAGAUCAUUUUAGUCGUAUCUACUUACCGUCACAUCAUCGUCUUGUCAGAUUUUAAAAAUUUCAUUGACCACCACUUGCUAAGCAUCGGCUGUAAACCAUUCGUACAAAUUCGUCCAUAAACAAUAUCAGUGGUAUCGAGUCUGUAACAUUUUUCAAAUUUGCCGUUUUGAGCGUUCUUUAGGGAUUCUGUGUUGCUCCAUUUUGUCACUUCGCUUUAAGGAGGCAGUGUUACACAGAUGCAAAGUCUUAAUGUAAAUAAGGUUAAGUUGCUGUUAAAGGCCAGUGUUCUAAUAAAUACUGAUUAUGUUACAUAGAUAUGUUAAAUUUUGGAGAUAAAAUAGUGCUUUUAUACCAUAAAGUUUAAUACAGUAGUGGAUAUUUUCAUCCAUUACAAGGACAUUUUUUCUCUCGAUACAACUCUUAUAACAGUUUAACCAUUUGACUGCUAGGGGAAGCAGUAUUGACUUUCCUCUUCCAGCAAUGUAGAGCAAGGCUUUACUGUUCUGUACUUAAAUAUAGUAAUCUUAAACAGUGAAAGAUAUCAGUUAUCUCUCACUGUUGAACUCUAGGGCUUAUCGUUUAGCAUAUAUUAUGAUAUUUGAUUUUCAGUAUUAGAAUUAUCAAGAUUAAAUCGGGUAUAAUAAAAGGCUUGGCAUUAUUAUACCCCCAAAAACGAAGUUUGGGGGGGUAUAUAGGAGUCACCCGGUGGUCGGUCGGUCGGUCGGGCGGUCGGUCGGUCGGUCGGUCGGUCCAGACGUCCGUUGCAUUUUCCUUGUCCGGAGCAUAACUUGAAAACUAAUGGUUGGAAUUCAAUAUAACUACAUACAAUGGUCAAGCACAUUGAGAGGAAGUGCAGUGCACAAGAACCAUAACUCUAUCUUGACUAAUUACAGAGUUAUUGCCCUUUGUUACUUUUCCUUGUCCGGGGCAUAACUUUAAAACUACUGGUUGGAAUUCAAAACAACUUCAUACAAUUGUCAAACACAAUAAGGGGAAGUGCAGUGCACAAGAACCAUAACUCUAUCUAAAGUAAUUACAGAGUAAUUGCCCUUUGUUGCUUUUCCAUUGCUUUUUUUUUUGUCUGUUGCAUUUUCCUUGUCCGGAGCAUAACUUAAAGACUAAUGGUUGGAAUUCAAUAUAACUACAUACAAUGGUCAAGCACAUUGAGAGGAAGUGCAGUGCGUAAGAAACAUAACUCUAUCUUGACUAAUUACAGAGUUAUUGCCCUUUGUUACUUUUCCUUGUCCGUGGCAUAACUUGAAAACUACUGGUUGGAAUUCAAAACAACUUCAUACAAUUGUCAAACACAAUAAGGGGAAGUGCAGUGCACAAGAACCAUAACUCUAUCUAAAGUAAUUACAGAGUUAUUGCCCUUUGUUGCUUUUCCAUUGCCUUCUUUUUUUUGUCCGGACCAUAACUUGAAGACUAAUGGUUGGAAUUCAAUAUAACUACAUACAAUGGUCAAGCACAUUGAGAGGAAGUGCAGUGCAUAAGAACCAUAACUCUAUCUAAAGUAAUUACAGAGUUAUUGCCCUUUAUUACUUUUCCAUUGCUUUCUUUUGUCCGGACCAUAACUUGAAGACUAAUUGUUGCAAUUCAUUAUAACUUCAUACAAUGGUCCAGCACAUUGAGAGGAAGUGCAGUGCACAAGAACCAUAACUCCAUUUUGACAAAAUACAGAGUUACUGCCCUUUGAUACUUUUCCUUGUCCGGAGCAUAACUUAAAACGUACUGGUUGGAAUUCAAAACAACUUCAUACAAUGGUCAAGCACAAUAAGAGGAAGUGCAGUGCACAAGAACUAUAACUCUAUCUUCAGUAUUUAUAGAGUUAUUGCCCUUUGUUCUUUUUCUUUGUCUUUCUGGACUUAUUACAGAGUAAUUCAAUUAAACUUCAUCAAUGGCCAACCACAUUGAAAGGAAAUGCAACAUACAUGAACCACAAUUAUCUUUAAUUGCCCACAACCAUAACUCUAUGUUUCAAUUCUAUUACAAGGUAUUCUGUUACUAGUAACAUCCUCAUUUCCGAAGCAGACUUGUGGGGGUAUUAAUCACAUUUAGUGAUAGUUCUAGUUUCUAUUUAAUGUAAUACAUCAUAGAAUAGUUGAAAAACUUUAGUACUGUGUUAAUCCAGUAAAACAAAAGUUGAAAACUUGCGUCUGUGUAAAUCCAGUAUACAAAAGUUGAAACCUUUUUAUAUUGUAGAAGUAAAGGCUAUUCAAGUUUUAAUUGUAGAUAACUUGCCAUUGAUAAUUUUUCAUUCAGCUUUGUCUUUGAUAUACCAACUUUCAAAACCUUACCUUGUAAAAUAUAAUCUUGCCUAUAGGGGUAUUUUUUCCCAUCAACAGAUUGUUUUGUUUUUCUCCUUGCAGGGUGUUUUAUAACCUCUAAAACCUCAUGGCUCAAUGACCCAUCAUUCAAAUUUUCAAAAUGUCAAUCUUGAAUUUUCAAAAUUUUGAAUUAUGAUUUUUUUCAAGACUCUAUCUUGAAUUUUCAGAACUUGAACUUUGACUUUCCAAAAUCAAACUUGAAUUUUCAAAAUUUGAACUAUUAUUUUUCAAGAGUCAAACUUGAAUUUUUCUAGGGUUAACUCUCUGAGAGCCAAUUUUUAUCAUAACUAAUAUUUCAGACCAGGGCAUAAUAUUAUAAUCUUUUCAUCCAUUUUAAUUCCACUACUGUAUUAUAUUGUCUUUGAAUGUUGUGAAGUAAUUUUUUUUACAUAUCUCAAUGUGCAAAGUCAUGUAAGUUUUUAGCUUACAAUUUGGUAUUUAUUUCUUCUUUGCAAAAUGUCAGCAAACAAAUUAUUUUACAUAUCAUGCACCAAAUAAUUUAUUCAUAUAUAUAUAUAUAUCAUGAUGAUGGAAAAAAAAAGAAAAAAAAGAGAACAUAACCAUGACGAAGAACAAAACACCCUGCAAGGCAAGUUGAUAUACUGGUUAGACUCACAGGGUUUGGUAAAUUCUUUAACAAUUAUGUUGAAGGAAAUAUUUUUAUGUUAUGGCUAUUUGCAAAUUGUUCACAUGUAUUAGAACUACAGUGAAAUCUUGAUAUUGAUAUUUUUCAAUAACAUUUUCUUAGGGUUUAUAAACAAAUUGUAGAAGUUUGUAUGCCCGAUCUUGGCCCGGAAAAAUCUUGCGUAAGUUUUUAAGAAAAUAGAAAUGAUCUGUUGAUGAUGUGAAGAACCUUUAAGCCAUUUAGUCAACAAUCUAAGCCUCGUAAAAACCACUUAUUUAUUUUUCAUUAGUCAACACUUAUUUCAUAUUAUUAUAAUUAUUAUUUCACCAAUGUUUUUAUA